UUAUUUAUCAAAACAUUAAAUUCCCACAGCUCCGAGACAAAGUACAGCCUGGCAUUGCGAAAUUCGAGAUCUCAGACCGACAUGCUGUUCUUUACGUGGAUAAAAUACCGAGUGAUCACGAACUAUGUUUCAACCUGGAAUUGAAACGAGAUUUUGAAGUCGGCAUUGUUCAGCCUGUACCUGUCACAGUGUAUGACUAUUAUGAACCAGGUGAGUAGGAAACACGUAUCUAACUCUGGAUAUAUAGGUAUAUUCUUCUUUUAGUAGCACUGGACCAAUCAGGAAUGACUCGUACAGGACCUUUAGAACUAAUAGAGUUAUCCAGUAAAAAUAAAGGUAGUUUAGUUUAAAUUUCCUCCUGUAGUAACCAGUAACACUGAGUCACUCUGAAUGAAUAAAAGAUUACCCUUACUGGACUUUAAUAGGAAGAACAGUUUGGAACUGAUAGAGCUAUCCAGUAUAUAAAUAAAGUUAGUUUAGUUUAUAUUUCCUCCUGUAGUAUAACACCGGAUCAAUAAGAGAUAGCUCUUCUUAGAACGCAAGGGAGAACAGUUUGGAACUGGUAAAGCUAUCUAGUAUAAAUUAAGUUAGUUUAGUUUAGUAGGUUUCCUCCUGUUGUGACACCGGAUCAAUAAGAGAUGAUUUUUUUUGGACCUCUAAAGGGAGAACAGUUUAGAACUGAUAGAGCUAUCAAGUAUAAAUAAAGUUAGUCUAUAAUGUUUUUGAUGUUACUCUGGGUGUAUAUCCACACCGCGGGCAGGUUGAAAAGUUUAGGUUUCCUCUUGUAAGCAAUAAAAGGGAGAACAGUUUAGAGCUGACUUCGUCAGUUAAGUUUUCUUUUUAGAUAGAUCGGAAGAGCGUUGAUUAUUAUUCUGUUUCAUUGUUUUGUAGAUGACAAAUGUACUAAAUUCUAUGGUCCCGAAGCAAACAGUCGCUUGAAUUUGGCCACGUGCGAACAUGACACUUGCAAAUGCUUUUUAGGUACAAAUUUAGUUAAAAGAUAUUCAUUGCUUAAGCCCCGGUCAAACGACAAUGAGAGUUGAUUAGAGUUGGCAAGCGAGAGUUUGCAUUGGACUCUUCGCAAGUCAAACUUUUUAAGUCGAGUUACCAGACUAUAUUUACAGUUUGACAGAUUGUGUAUAUUUUGAUUGACAACUGAUGCCAUAAUUGAUUGCCGACUAAACAUCAAUUUGGAAUUUGUACAGAGGGAAUAUUAGGCGCUAAAAUUAAAAUUUAGGCAAAAAAAUUGCCUAUUACUCAGAUUUUAAAUACUAAGCAAUUAAGAUCGAAUAUGGAUGGUUGUUAAUAAUUAAUAAUAAUUACUAUUUUUAGACAAGUGUGCUUCAUGUAAGCCAUCUGAUAACGCUAGUUAUGUCGUUGAACAACUAUGUAAAGGAUACGAUUACGGUAAGUCCUAAACAUACAGUAGCAUAUCCAAGGGAAGAUGGUUAUGAAACUCGUUAAUAGAAUAACAGUAUCACUCAUUGUCUAUGUUAGUCAAUGUUUAUUCAUAAACCCGGUCCUUCAACGUCACGUAUUGCUGGAUUUAGCAAAAAUACAAUACACACGGGACGGUGAAGGACCAUAUUUAUCAAUAAACGUUGACUAACAUAGAUAAUGAAUUAUAUUGUUAUUCUAAUGAGCUUCACAGCCAUCUUCCCUUCGAUCGGCUAUGGUCUAAAAGAGUAGUCUAUAUAUUUUUUAUACCAUACCAUACCAUACCAUACCAUACCAUACCAUACCAUACCAUACCAUACCAUACGUAAUUUACAUUCUAUUAUAUUUCCUUAGGUUUCAAAGGAACAUUAAGAUUAAUUGACGAAAAAGACCAAUGGCUUCAUCUCACAUUUGACAUCAUUGAUGUCUACCGAGAAAGCAAAACGAAAAAGAUUACCAAGAAAACAACACGCAUCGUGUAUGCGAAAAAAACUACUUGCGACUGUCCAAGAUUCGCUGGAACAACUGACAGCGAUUUUCUGAUAAUGGGCACGGUUCUUGGACUGCAAGGGAAUAGUAAGGUUACCAUGGGUGACGAUGUGUUCGUCAAGAAAUGGCCAAGAAAAAACUCUGACUUUUUCAGAAAGUUCUUGAGAGUCUUGAGACAAGGCUGUUAAGAUGCAACGCAUGCUGGUUUUCUAUGAAUGAAAAAAGAUUAUAAGCUAGAGUACAGUAGUGCGAUUAAUUUUUAUAAGAUUAGAGGAAAGUAUAAACUAAACUAUUCUACUCCGUAUUGAACUAAACCGGACCAUUUUUUGGCAUAUUUUAUAGAUUGGUAAACGAGCAUAGCUUGCAGUAUACGUAAGAUGAAAUAUAUUUAGAUUUUUGUAUGAUUGGACUUUUUGAUUUAAUUUAUUCUCGUCAUUGCGAGUGAUAUUCUGAAUCAAUUUAAAGUACGUGUUGGCGUACGUCCAGUAAUUGUGUAUAGCUCAGUGGUACAGCCAUAGUAUUUGAGUAUAUUAAGG